GUAAAAAGAAUGGAUCUCGUCCAAGACUUAAUAACCGUUCCUACUUCUCCUGUCCAACAAUCACAGACAAUACUGAAUCCUCGCCGCCCAACUACACAUAUAUUUGUUCCAAAAUGAAGCCUUUCCGGCCGCCAAUGAGGCGGUGUUUCUGUUUUCUGUUUUGCUUGCUUGCUUCGGGCACCUGCGGUACCGUCGAAGCUUUGGAAAAGGUUUUGAUGUCCUCUGCAAGAACGACUACAUCGAAACACUUGCUCACCCAAGACCCGCCGCCAGCCCCGGCCGCAGACCACGCCGUGGAUGGUGAGGCCUAUUCGGACGAGUGGCACAAGGAAUUUCGCGACGAAAACUACCCGUCGAGCUCCGCGGGGAAAGAGCACUACCCCCACACGUCGAGCAUCCUGGCCGCCAAGCGCGAAUCGCUGCCCUGGGGGUGGGGAAGCGCGUGGUUCUGGUAUAGAAAGAUUUUUCAUGAGUGCUUGUAGUUCAUCUGCAUACACAAAUCCAGAAGUUUAUUUGGGAGUCACGCAUGACCACAGGUUUCAUCUGCAGAUAAGAUUCGCAUACACAAAACAACAGGAUUCCCACGUUCGCGUUGGUCGGAUUGGCGGUCCUCGGCACGACCUCCAUCAAGAUUUCCGAUUUUUUGAUGUGAGGAGAAGAGUUGCGGUUUUUCGCAAGCGAAACACAAACAGGAUAGUUCCGAGGUUCUUGCGAGGGUCUUCAUCCGUGAUGAUGAAUGCAAAAGGUGGCACUGACGUAAACGUUGACAGAGGUCGUGAAUCGGAACAGAAUUCCUGUAGUUCUCUUUUUUUCCAAAGCGCUUGAUUUGGCGGCACUGAAUUAAAAAAUCAACUCGAAGAUGCACCGAUACAUCCGGAGGAGAAGAGCCGGGCUCAGCAGGCCGUGGUGCA